ACAUGCCACGCCCGCCCCUGCCCACGCCCCUCUCACGCGCCCACCACCUCACUGCCUGGUGGCUACCCCCUGCUGCCCCCCUCCCCACGCCUGCUGCCGCCCCCUUCGCUGUCGCCACCUCUCCUGCUGCUGCUGCCAGGGGGGCGGGCUGUGCUGUGAGCGUGCAGUGUGACAUUCCGCCCUCGCUCUUGCCCACCUCACAGGGGGGCAACGCACACGAUAAUAAAGAGGGGGGCACUGUGCCUGGUGAUGUACCCCCUGUCAGUCUCUCCUGCUCUCCACAGGGGCAGCAGCAGCAGAGGCGGGAUGAGCAGGGUAGCGAGGGGGGCAGGAGCCCCUGUGACCAGUCGUUGCAGUGGCGUGUGCUGCACGCAUGCAGCGAGCAGCUGGCCCUGCUCAUGCGGCAGUGGCGCGGCACACAGACAGGUGUACCCGUGAUCACACGUGCCCAUGCAGGCAGCAGUGGCAGUGGCAGUGGCAGUGGCAGUGGCAGCGGUAGAGGGAGCGAUGAUGGGGUUGCAGGGAUGGAGACAGCGAGAGGGGAUGGCAGCAGGAGCGAGCAUGGCAGUGAGAGCAGCGAGGGGGCGAGUGGCAGCAGGGAUCUGGGUGCUUGCCCCCUCUUGGAAGAGGCAGGCGCGGUGGACGUCAGGGGGGAGGAGGGAGAGGAUGGGGGGGAGGAAGGGGAGGGGCGUGCAGCGGCCCCAUCGGCAUCAGUGGGGAAGCGGAAGCCGGCAGCGAAUGUGUGGCCUGAUGGGCAGGGGGGGCGUGGAGAGGUGUGCAAGCCGCUCGUGCUGCUGCCCGGACAGCCUGCUCCCUUGAUCCAUGUGGGCGAGGGGAGGGAUGGAGGGAGCAGGGGCACUCAGCUGCGAGAUGAUGGAGAGAUGAGAGGGGGGGAUGGUGGCGGUGGGGGAGGGGGGGUGAAGGGGGCGAAGCAGAGGGGGGAGCAGCAAGAGCAGGUGGUGGAUGGACAGCAGCAGCAGGCCGCUGCAGUGACAGGGGCUCACGAUGCUGCAGUGCCUGCUGCUGCUGCUGCUGCUGCUGCUGCUGCUGCGGCGGCGGCUGCUGCUGCUGCGGCUGCCCCCGGCAGCACGGUUCGGCCACCGUCCGCCUCCCUGCCGCUGCACGGCCUGGCCAUCCCACCAUUCCCCUCGCCCAAGAGGGAGCGCACCCUGCGCACCGUGCCCAGGCGCCUCCUCGCCUUCCCCCUCCUCGCCCUCGCUGCCCCCCCCGCCCUCUCCGCUGCCCCCAUCGCCCCCUCCACUCCGCGCACCCCGCGCUCCACUGCGCCCCUCCCCGCCCCCCACAUGCCCCCUCCAGCGGGCAAACGGGCAGGCGGGAGCAAUGGGGAGCAUGGGGAGAAGGGUAGUGGAGGGAGUGGGGAGGAGCGCGGAGUGGAGAAGGACGAUGGGGAGGGAGGGGGAGUGGGGGGGGAGGAAGAGGAGCAUGGCGUGCAGGAGAGAUUAGAGGUGGCAGCUGAUGCCCACGGUGACCGUGCUGGUGCUGGUGGUGGUGAUGGUGAUGGCGGUGGUGGUGCCAAACGUGGUGGAAAGGAGGAGCAGAGCAGUGCAAAGGUAGAGAGGAAGGGAGCGAGUGGUGAGAAGGUGAAGGUGGGCAGGGGAAAGAGGUUGCAGGCAGGGCCGUACGAAGGGAAGCGAGAGGUGGGGGGGGAAGAAUGGGGGGGCAAGAAGAGGCAGCGGAUGCAUGGAGCAGGCGAAGAGGAGGGAGGCGGUGGCGAUGGGCGAGGGGAGGAGAAGGGCGGUGAGGGGAGGGGAGUGGUGGAGCAAGGACAUGGAAGAAGGGGAGGCGUGGUGGGUGGAGGGGGGGGAAGAGGCAGAGGAAGGAGGAAGAACUUGGAGAAGGGGCGUGUAAGGGAGCGGGGUGGUGAAGAGCGGCAGGGGGGGCAGCAGACGAGGGUGGGGCAGCAGCGGGACAGGCGGGGGCGGUGGAGGCAUGGGGGAAAGCGUGGAGGGAUGAAGAAAAGCGGUAGGGCAGGCAGGGAGGGGAUGGAGGAGGGAGAGGAAGGUGGCGAAGCCAGGGUGAGUGGCGCGCACGGGAGUGCAGGUGGCGGGAGGGCAGGGGCGGAAGCGAGGCACGUGAAAGCCGCCAGGAUGGAUGGCGCAGGGCAAAGCAGCACAAGGCGAGGUGGUGGCAGGCGGAGGGAGGGUUCAGCUCUGUCCAGGGGGCGAGAGGGGCAGGUGGGGGCAUUGGGUGGGGAGGGGGAAGGGAAGGGGGAGGGGGAGGUGAGCAAGGGUGAGGAGGCAGUGCCACAAUUAUGGUCCGGUGGUAGCGGGAGUAGUGGGAGGGUGGGCGGGAGAGAGGAGAGGAUUGUGCGUGAGGAUGGGAGUGAGGGAGACGAGGGGAGUGAGAGUGAGAGUGAGAGCGGGAGUGAGAGUGACAGCUUUUCAAGCCUAUUUAGAGAGGAGGAGAGUGAGGAGGAGAGUGGGGGCCAGGGAGGAGGGGAGGACAUUGAGGUGGAUGGGCCAAACCUGGAGGGGCAGCAGGCAGACGAGGGAGGGGCAGAGGCCAGCCCGUCACACGAUGGCAGUGGCGCUGGCUGUGGCGCUGCUGGCUGUGGUGCUGCUGGCAGUGGUGACGGUUAUGACGGCAUGCAAGCUGAGGGCUGGGGGCAUGGCGACAGGGGGAAGGGUGGAGGGCAUAGUGCCCCGCACAUGGGACGGAGGGGGGGCGCCAUGGCCCCACUGGCAGCCAGCCCUUGCCUGUCCACAAGCCCGGGCUUUGCUGCCAUGCCCUCGCCGCACCUGACGGCCAGCCCCUACCUGAGCUCCACCACGUACCUCAGGGCCAGCCCGCACCUGCUCAUGAGCCCCUACUUGCACGCCAGCCCUGGCCCCGGCGCCAGUCCUGUUGGCAGCACCACGUUUUCUCCCCGGCCUCUGGUUGAAGCGCCCCUGUCCGCCUGUGGGUCUCCUGCUGCUGCAGAGGCGGGAGGGGAGGGCAGGGAGGAGAAGCGGGGGGAGCAGUGGCGUGCGGAGGAGAGGGGUGUGCGGCGCGAGAGGACGCGGCUGGUGAAGGAAAUCGGUGGGGGUGCUGUGGCGGACCACACAGCCGCGCCUGAGGUCAUAGCUGUGCGUGCUGCUGCUGCUGAUUCUGCUGCCGCACCUGCGGGGUCGUCUCCAGGUUCUGAGGAGCCAAGCGGUGGCGUCAUGGCUCUUGCUCCUCCUGCUGCUGCUGCUGCUGGUAGCAGUGGCGGCACGGUGGUGAGUGGAGACUUGGGCGGUGGAGGAGGGGUGGGCGGGGAGUCGCGGAGUGGGGCAAAGAGAAAACGAGAGGCAGGCAGGGGGGUGAACGAUGCAGCAGAGGGAGGGGAGGAGGGAGAGGGGGAUGGGGAUGGUGAAGGUGAGGAUGGCCGGAGCAAGGUGGUGGGGAGCUUAGGGGGCGAGUUGUGGGGGCUGAAGAGGCAGCGGUCACGGAGAGGAGCGAAGCCGGUGGAUGGCAAGCAGGGGCAGGGAGCAGGAGAGGGUGCAGCGGGAGAGGGUGCAGCGGGAGAGGCAGCAGCAGCAGGCAGUUCGGAGAUGAGGGUGGCGGACGCGUUGGGCGGGGUGAUGCGCGCCAUGGAGCAGCCCGCUGGCACCUGAUGGCCUGAGGUGUGCACACCGCACCCCCGGCAAGCAGCGCUUGACUCUUGAGCGGCGGUGGCACUUGUCACUUGGCACGGGCAUGGCCCUAUGCUCUGCACACAUGGUGUUGCAUGGUCAAAGCAGCCCAUCUGCUCGACCACCCGGCAUGCCAUGCAUGCGCGCUGCUCUCCUCGGCUGCGCCUUACCACUGUCACGGCUUCGCUUCACAGCGACCCACCAACAGAAAUGCACGCACACACUACGCAUGCUGCGUUGGUGCUCCAAUUUGUCGAUGUUCUUUGUGGGGGCGCUUCAGCACUCAUAUCACCGAUUGAUCUGUGCUGCGCUUGCCAUAACAUGGUGACAUGGUAGUCAUGUCAUGUGCCUUGUUGUCUUG